GACUCCCCCCCCUCGCUGUCACUGGAAUGGUACGUCCCGGGAGAUGAGAGUUACUUCGUAUGAAUGAGUUUCCUCCCACGUGACCGAGUGUGACCCGGCAAGGUUUACAGUCAGUAUCAUGGCGUCCCCACUCAUCCGCCUCAGCCACAUCACCCUGCAGGUCUCCAGCGCCCAGAAGACCAUCACCGAUCUGGUGACCAAAUACCGAUUCCUCCCGUUUGCUGCUCGUGGAUUGGACGGGACCUCGCCGUGUCAGGUGGCUGUAAGAAACGGGGGAGCGGUGUUCAUGGUGAAUGAAAACAAUCGGGAGACCCCGAAAGGUUCCUCUUUGCUCUACGAUUGGCCAGUUCCCCUCCCAUCAGCUGACACAGCCUGCAACAUCAGCUAUGAGGUGGAGGACGUCCCGGGUCUGUGCCGCCGACUGGCCGGUGAAGGUUGCCGCCUGUUAGUACCUCCGACGGUGCUCCAUGAUGAUGGCGGCUCAGUUUCGUACUGUGUGGUGAAGUCUGCCGUUGGAAACGUGAACCACACAUUGAUUGACCGCACUCGAUACGGAGCGCCCUUCCUUCCCGGGUUCCAGAUGCUCCACAAGAGUGAUCCUGACCCCGCAGGGGAUGUGACCUCCGUAGACCACGUCACAUAUGCCUGCCCACAAGGAACCACUCCGCGUGUCAUGGACUGGUAUAGACGUUGCUUUGGGUUCCAGCAUUUCCCUCUGUCCAGCAGGGAAGACCCCGAACGGGGCUUUGAGAUUUGUGGCCCUCAGAUAGGUCUGCGUUUGACUUCCGUGGAGUGCCCCGGGCAUAACGAAGUGGGUAAGAUAGUAAUGGCUGAAUCUUUACCGCAGCAAGGAACCAACCAGAUCGACCAGUUCCUGCAGCACCACCGAGAAGGUGGAAUUCAGCACGCCGGCCUCGCCACUCCCGAUAUCUUCAAAGCCGCCUCUGCAUUGGCGCAGCGCGGAGUCCUGUUUGCCGGGCACCCCCCUUCGUACUAUACCGACCCCCAGAAACAUGCGGAGAUCCUCUGCGCAGGGUUAACCCCUCAACACCUGUCACAGUUUGGGAUCUUGCUGGACUCUUCCACGGGGAACGCGGAAUUGGCGGAGGAGGACAGAAGGAUCUUGUUACAGGUUUUCGCCGAGCCGCUCUUCAGCAAAGAUUCCUUCUACCUGGAGCUCAUCGAACGCAGGGGAGCGCGGGGAUUCGGGGAAGGAAACAUCCGCGCUCUAUGGCGGUCUAUGCAGCAUAUGAUUGAAGAUCGGACCCAGAAACAGCAGGAGGGGGCCGCGUCCCACUGACCACCCGUCACCAUU